AUGGUUGAUCCUGACUUCAAAGCUCAUCUGAACUCGAUAAGGCAAAAAGUGGAAGAUAUUUUCGAAUUUGAAGGAUGCAAGGUCGGCCGAGGAACCUACGGGCACGUGUACAAAGCCAGGCGGAAAAAUACUGAGCAGGGUGAUCAAAAUGUAUACGCGUUGAAGAUGAUCGAAGGCACAGGCAUCAGCAUGUCGGCAUGUCGGGAAAUCGCCCUUCUGCGUGAGCUGAAGCAUCCUAAUCUCAUCUCGUUGCAGGGUGUGUUUCUGUCACAUAGCGACAGGAAAGUAUGGUUGCUAUUCGAAUACGCCGAACACGACCUAUGGCAUAUCAUUAAGUUCCACCGAGCUGCGAAGGCCAGCAAAAGACCGGUGCUUGUUCCGAAGGGCAUGGUGAAAAGCUUGUUGUAUCAAAUACUGGAUGGAAUACACUACUUACAUAUGAACUGGGUUCUUCACCGCGACCUGAAGCCAGCGAACAUUUUGGUCAUGGGAGACGGGCCGGAACGUGGCCGCGUAAAAAUAGGUGAUAUGGGCUUUGCUCGUCUUUUUAACAAUCCGCUGAAGCCGCUGGCUGAUCUCGAUCCCGUCGUGGUAACGUUUUGGUACCGCGCCCCUGAACUACUGCUUGGGGCCAGGCAUUACACGAAGGCAAUCGACAUAUGGGCCGUCGGCUGCAUAUUUGCCGAGCUAUUGACAUCCGAGCCAAUAUUCCACUGUCGCCAGGAAGAUAUCAAAGCGAGCAACCCGUAUCAUCAAGACCAACUCGACCGCAUCUUCAACGUCAUGGGAUUUCCGUCUGACAAAGGUUGGGAGGACAUUCGUCGAAUGCCAGAGCAUCAGAAGCUGUUGACGGAUUUCAAGCGAACAAACUAUGCCAACUGCAGUCUUCAGAAAUACAUGGAAAAACACAAGAUCAAAUCAGACUGUCGCGCUUUUCUGCUGCUACAGAAACUGCUUACGAUGGACCCGGUGAAGCGUAUAUCCGCUUACGAAGCGAUAGAGGAUCCGUACUUCAAGGAAGAUCCUAAGCCUACUGCAGACGUGUUUAUUGGCUGCCCAAUACCGUAUCCGAAGCGGGAAUUCUUGACCGAUGACGAUAACGAUGAUAAGCUAGAUAUGUCAAAACAGAACACCCAGACAACGCUGGUGAGUGUACCUCUUCGUUGCACGAAUCUGCAUCAUGAAUAUUUCAGAUUAAAUAGCUCAUAUUGUUAUGCUACAAGCUAUCGACGUUUAUAA